AUGGGAUUCUUAGAAGGUGCAUUUCAGAAGAAGAAUGACGAGAAGUCCUGUGGAAUUGCCAUGGCUCUUGCUAUGGGGGGUUACUUCGGAGGAGAAAGGACUGCAGCCAAGGUAUUGCAGUGUGGGUUCUUCUGGCCCACUCUUUUCAAGGAUGCAAAAGAGCUAGUGAAGGGCUGCAAUGAGUGCCAAAGGACUGGAAAUCUACCCAAGAAAAAUGAAAUGCCACAAAACUUCAUCCUAGAGCUCAAAUUGUUUGAUGUGUGGGGAAUCGAUUUCAUGGGACCCUUCCCAACUUCCUAUUCAAACAAAUACAUCCUAGUAGCAGUAGAUUAUAUAUCUAAGUGGGUGGAAGCUAUUGCAACCCCAACAAAUGACAACAAGGUGGUCAUGAACUUUCUCAGGAAAAAUAUCUUCAGCCGGUUUGGAGUCCCACGAGCCCUUAUCAGUGAUGGAGGAACCCAUUUUUGUAACAGACCCCUAGAAGCCCUCCUUAUGAGAUAUGGGGUGAAACAUAAGGUUGCUACACCUUAUCACCCCAAACAAACGGGCAAACUGAGAUAUCCAAUAGAGAGUUAA